UUUUUUUCAAAAAAUUGAAUAUCUCGUUACCCGAACGUCGGAUGACCACCAAAUUUUCACCAGUUGUAGAUCUCGGUCCCAGGAACAACAUAUCUCUCGGAGUAGGAGAAUUAUAAUUCUAAGUCGACUUAGAAUAGUAUUGAAUAAAGCCGUCAACUUAAAUGUGGGAAAUAAUUUAUGUUCGUGAAAAUGUAGUAGCCCAUUUGGUGACAAAUUUAGUCCUGUGCAAUUAAUCAAAGAAUGAAGACGCAUUUUAUUCAAUUGUGAAUUACAUAUCCCUGAAAUAUAGUUAUUUGUGAAAUUUAAAGAAGUAUUACCUCAAUAUUCAACGUUGUUUCGAAUCCUACAUGGGGGCUCAACCGGGAUGGAGAGGAAAUAUUGAUGGGAAAAACGAAGAACAUUGAAUAUUGAAGAAGCUGACGAAAAAAUUGAAGACGAAAGACGGUGCAAAAAGCACGAAUAAGUGUUUUAGUGAAUAAAAACCCCAAAAACGACGAAGGACGAAAGACGGCAACGGCGCAAAGUUGCAUAAGACGACGGCAAUAGUUGCAUAAGACGAGAGCAACCAUUGCAUAACGACGAAGGACGGCAAUUGUUGCAUAACGACGAAGGACGGCAACACUGCAAAAGACGACGAAAAUGGCAUCUGUUGAAGAAUUGCUGGAGAAUUUCACCAAGAAAGGCUUGAUGACGGAGUGCGCAAAGAGGAAUUUGGAUUGUGAAGGCACUAAAGAGGAGCUAGCACAACGUAUUGUGCAAUUUGAUGAGGAUGCAAAUGAAACGCAAAGUGAGAGUGCAAGUGGUUCCAGAACCGAUGUUGAUGAUGUUCCAGCAACAACUAUUCCCAAUGUUCUUGCUUCAAACGAUUAUAGGAUGUUCAGCUUGAGGGACGUAGAAGAUUCUCUCGAGAAAUUUGGGGCAGAAGAUUCGCAGGACAUUGAGGUGUGGUUGGAGGAAUUUGAAGACACCGCAAUGACGCUUGGAUGGAACGACAUCCAAAAAUUGAUGUAUUGCAAAAAAUUAUUGACAGGCACUGCUCGCAAAUUCAUUUUUGCAACAACUGGCAUCAAGAAUUGGAAGACCUUGAGAGAUGCCCUGAGAACGGAGUUUGCCCAAAAAUUAAGUUCUCUCGAUGUGCAUAGACGCAUGACAAAUCGCAAGAAAAAAGCCGAUGAAAAGUUCUUGGAUUUUGUCUAUGAAAUGCAGAGAUUGGGCAGGAUGGGUAGCCUUGACGAAGCAACUAUAUGCGAGUAUAUUUGCGAUGGCAUUGAUGACAAUGUCCAGAGCAAAGCUCAACUUUAUGGAGCAAAGACAGUUGAAGAACUGAAGUCUCGUAUCGAAGUAUAUGAAAAGCUACAGCUGAAACUCAAAGACGCUGAGAAAAAGGAUGAUAAUCCUAAGAAUGUUGCUAGUAGAUCUCAGAACUCGCGAGGAGAAGCCCAAAAAACGAUUAUUUGUUACAAUUGUGGGGAUGCUGGUCACAAAUCCAUGGAAUGUCCGAAUAAAGAGAGAGGACCAAAAUGUUUUAAGUGCAAUAGAUUUGGUCAUACGUCCAGCGAUUGCAAGACGAAGUCGAAAGUUUCAGAAUUCAAGAGUAAUAAUGAAGCGAAGGUCAAUAUGAUCAACAUCAUUCAAUCAACUAAUGACGAGCUUGAUAUUUUGAAGAUUAAGAUUGGAGAUAAAGAGUUUUGUGGGAUCAUUGACAGCUACAGUGAUCUAUCUCUGAUCAAUGAAGAUACGUACGAGUCAAUUAAAGAUAAGUGUGAGGAUCACCAAUUAUCAUUUCAAAGAAUUCGUGGUUUUGGUGGUGCAAUUAUCCAGGCUUUGGCAAAAACUACAAUGAAUAUUGAAGUUGAUGGCGGGAAGUAUCGGAUGGAAUGCCAUGUUGUACCCAAAGAAGUGAUGGAGACUACUUGGUUGAUUGGUAGAAAUUUCCUUAAGACUGUACAUUACACAAUAGUGCCUGGUAAAGUGACGAUUCGACGACGUGAUCAAUGUUAUAAGAAUGAAAACAAGAUGAUCCAUGUUGAUGCGAUGUCCCGUGCCAAUAUGACGAUGAUGACAAGCGCUGAAGAUGUCACUACCAAGAUAAGGACUACUAAGAGACAGAAUCAUGAGAUUGAGUAUGAAGCAUGGAAAUUCAGGAAGAUUAAGCGUAUCAAGCGAGAUCGUGAGGAACAUGAAGCAAUUGAGAAGGAACGUCAGAAAGUGAAUCAUAUGAAAAAUAUGACACAGGUGGAACGCAAACAGGAAUUACGAAUGAAUCCAUGCCAAGUAACCAAUAAAAUUGUGGAAAUACUGGAAGAAGAUUUUGACGAAGAGAGAUAUGGAUUACAAGAUUUGGCAAGACAAAAUAUUUCCAAAAUUCACGAUGAGAACAAGCGCUCGUAUGAUCUUCGAAGCAGAAGGGCCAAUGACUAUCGGAUUGGCGAUUUGGUCGCCAUCAGGGAGACAGAAUUUGAUGUUGGCUACAAAGUGAGAAAAAAAUUUGUCGCACCCAACGAAGUAAUAGAAAUACUACCUCAUAACCGCUACAAGGUGAAGAAGAUGGGAACUGAAGAGGGACCUGAACAGACCAUAUGACGGCCGCCGACUUAAUGAAAUACUGGCAAGGAAGUUGUCCAGGGGGAAACUUGAUGUCAGGAAGGGCCGUGUGGGAAAUAAUUUAUGUUCGUGAAAAUGUAGUAGCCCAUUUGGUGACAAAUUUAGUCCUGUGCAAUUAAUCAAAGAAUGAAGACGCAUUUUAUUCAAUUGUGAAUUACAUAUCCCUGAAAUAUAGUUAUUUGUGAAAUUUAAA